CUGCCUUUGUGCCAAACUGCUUCCCUGUGUGACGUGACGGGGCGCUACGUGUACUGGGCUGUGUUGCAGGAAGUUGGGGCUGUCAGAGCAGUGGGGCCUCAGCUGGGAAUUGGGACGCAGGAACGGGGAGAUAACAAGAUCAAGCUGGAAUGAACAGUGAAGCGAGUGUGUAAGAGACUGGUGGAUUAUUAUGUUACUAUAAUGCAACAGGUCUAGUUACCUAUAGCAACGAAGAAAAUGCUACCAACCACUGCAGUUAGCCCCAGGAGCCAAGGCAAUGGCAUAUUAAGUCCACGCGAUGCAGCCAGACACACAGCAGGAGCCAAACGCUACAAAUACCUCCGGAGGCUCUUUCACUUCAGGCAGAUGGACUUUGAAUUUGCUCUUUGGCAGAUGCUUUAUCUUUUUACGUCACCACAAAAAGUUUACAGAAAUUUUCAUUACAGAAAGCAGACAAAGGACCAGUGGGCAAGAGAUGAUCCAGCAUUUUUGGUACUCUUGAGUAUCUGGAUAUGUGUUUCCACUGUAGGAUUUGGAUUUGUCCUGGACAUGAGCAUUUUAGAAACCUUGAAACUCCUCCUCUGGGUUGUUUUUAUAGAUUGUAUAGGCGUUGGACUACUAAUGGCAACUUUAAUGUGGUUUGUUUCUAACAAGUAUAUGGUCAAGCGCCAGGGGAAAGAUUAUGAUGUAGAGUGGGGCUACACGUUUGAUGUACACUUGAAUGCCUUUUAUCCUCUUCUGGUCAUCCUGCAUUUCAUUCAGCUUUUUUUUAUUAACCAUGUGAUCUUAAGCGGUUGGUUUAUUGGUUACUUUGUUGGAAACACAUUAUGGCUGAUUGCAAUUGGCUACUACAUCUAUAUAACAUUCCUUGGAUACAGCGCUCUGCCGUUCUUGAAAAACACAGUGGCCCUUCUGUACCCAUUUGCAGCUUUGGCUCUUCUGUACAUACUUUCCUUAGUUUUGGGCUGGAACUUCACAGAACAGCUCUGUUUAUUUUAUAAGUACAGAGUCAGGUAAAACUCUGUCGGGCUGCAUGCUUCCUGCAGUUACUGAUCUUGUACAGAUUGUAAAUAUUUUUGUUGUAGAUAAAGGUGGUGAUUUAAGAAAUAUUAAAGUGUCUUCCUCUC